AUGCUUAUUGUUUGCUUAUAUGUAGAUGAUCUUAUAUUCACUGGAAAUUGUGAUGUUAUGUUUGAAGAAUUUAAGAAGUCUAUGAUGAAUGAGUUUGAAAUGACUGAUCUUGGUAUGAUGCAUUACUUUCUUGGCAUAAGUGUAGCACAAUCAAGUGAUGGAAUUUUUAUUUCUCAAAAUAAAUAUGUGGAAGAUAUUCUAGACAGGUUUCAGAUGAAGGAUUGUAAUCCUGUGCACACACCAGUUGAAUGUGGCUUGAAGUUACAUAAAGAUCAUGGAGGAAAGAAGGUUGACAGCACCUUCUACAAACAAAUUGUGGGAAGUUUGAUGUAUCUCACUGCAACAAGACCAGACAUAAUGUAUUCUGUGAGUUUAAUUAGCAGGUAUAUGGAAAAUCCUACAGAAAUACAUUUGUUGGCUGCCAAGAGAAUCCUUCGCUACUUGCAAGGAACAAGAACUUUCGGGAUAUUUUACAAGAAGGGUGUAAAAUCUGAUUUAGUGGGAUUUACUGACAGUGAUUAUGCAGGAGAUCAAGAUGACAGGAAGAGCACAUCAGGUUAUGUUUUUAUGAUUGGUACAGGUGCUAUUUCUUGGGCAUCGAAAAAGCAACCAAUUGUCACUUUGUCAAGCACAGAAGCUGAAUUUGUUGCUGCUACAGCUUGUGCAUGCCAAGCCAUUUGGCUAAGGAGAAUUCUUGAAGAACUUCACUUCAAGCAAGAAGGAGCAACUUUAAUUUAUUGUGACAAUAAUUCUGCAAUUAAAUUGUCAAAGAAUCCAAUUUUACAUGGGAGAAGCAAACAUAUAGAUGUGAAGUAUCAUUUCUUAAGGGAUCUUACAAAGGCUGGUAUAAUUGAUCUUAUUUUUUGUAGAAGUGAGGAUCAAGUUGCUGAUUUGUUUACGAAGCCUCUCAAAUAUGUUGCGUUUCAAAAGCUCAGGGGAUUACUUGGCAUAUGUUCCAUGGAGAAAGUCAAAGGAUUUGGAGUAAACUGA